GGGAAGUGAGUGUAAGUGGGACUGGUCCGUUUGGGCUCUGUGUAGAAAUGCCCUCAUCUCCUGGUGUUGAGUUGCAGGGGUUCAACACAAUGAGGAAACACUGAAGCUCAUACACACAGAAGAAGGAUCUGUCACACCUGCACACUCUUUAGAGCCUUGCGCUUCCCAUCUUUCUCCUCCAGCAGCCAUGACGACGGUCGUCGUGACGAUGCUGCUGCUGUCAGCAUCGCUCCUCCUGUCCUCCGCUCUUCCUUUCCAGCAGCGAGGAUUCUGGGAUUUUGGCGAAGAUAUCGAUGUCAAAGAUCUGAUGACGAUGAUGAUGAAGGACCAGGAGGAAGGCUCGGGGUUUGAGGAUGUCGCUCUGCCGGAGAUGCCAACGUGUCCGUUCGGGUGCGUGUGUCACCUGAAGGUGGUGCAGUGCUCUGAUCUGGGUUUGAUUUAUGUGCCGUCCAACAUCCCAUCUGAUACGCUGCUGUUGGACCUGCAGUGCAACGGCAUCAUGGAGAUCCGUGAGGGAGAUUUUAAAGGCCUCAGUAACCUCUAUGCGCUAAUUUUGAGGAGUAAUCUGAUCUCUCGAGUUCACCCUCGUGCCUUCCUGCCUCUGAAGCGCUUGCAGAAGCUCUACAUUUCCCACAACCUGCUCACCUCCAUCCCUCGCAACCUGCCUGCAUCUCUUGUUGAGCUGCGUAUCCAUGACAACCUCAUCCGGAAAGUAGCUGCAGGGACCUUCAGUGCCCUAGGGAACAUGCAUGUGAUCGAAAUGGGUCGUAAUCCCAUCCACAACAGCGGAUUUGAGCCUGGAGCAUUCAAGGGUCUCAAACUGAACUACCUACGAAUCUCCGAGGCAAAACUCACCGGCGUACCAAAAGAUUUGCCAGCAAGUCUCCAUGAGCUCCAUUUGGACCAUAAUGAGAUUCAGGCCAUCGAGCUGGAGGACCUAAGCCGAUACAAGCAGCUGCAGAGGCUGGGUCUCGGGUCGAAUCAUAUCCUGCAUAUUGAACGCGGUGCGCUCUCUUACCUGCCCAGCCUGAGAGAGCUUCACCUGGACCACAACCGCCUCUCCAGCAUCCCCAGUGGCCUGCCCAACAUCAAAUACCUGCAGGUGGUCUAUCUUCACUCCAAUAACAUCACCUCAGUGAAGGUGAAUGAUUUCUGCCCGACGGGGUUUGGGGUGAAGAAGGUCUUCUAUAACGGCAUCAGUCUGUUCGGGAACCCCAUUGAAUACUGGGAAAUUCAACCUGCCACCUUCCGCUGCGUCACUGACAGCAUGGCCGUGCAGCUCGGCAACCAUAAGAAAUAGAUACCCAGUGCUCACACGCACACACACACACACACACACACACACACACACACACACACAAUAAAAACAGCACACAGUUAAAAACACAGACUAAAAGACUCUUUUAGUGUCACCUUCUUACCACAUGUUUUAUAACAUCAUUAUAACACUUCAUUUGGGUCAUUGUUGUAUGUUUCUGAUUAACGCUUUAAUUUCCAUGUUAGUUCGGUCCGUUGUCCUACAUCCUGCAUGUCGCCUGUCCAUCCUGAUCGAGAGGAAGCUGUUCUUGUCUGUCUGUGUCAGUCUUAGCGUGCCUUCACCGCAGCUUCACUAUACUUUACGCACUAAUUUAGACCCCAGAGCGCUUUAAUAAUGUCAAUAAAUCACCCAGAUUUUGUACAAAUGAA